GUGAGAGCUCAGGGCAGAAGCCAUGGCUCCUGGUUUCCACUUCUCCUGGUUACUGGUUAGCUGGCUGGUGGUAACUACGGUGAAAGGACAAGAUGUAAUGACCCCUCCUGGCUCACAGAAUAACGUGAACCCUACGGACUGCCAGAUCAUCACCCUGACCCCUCCUCCCACCACGAGGAAUCAGCUAACAAGGGCCCAGCCUGUCACAAGGACACCCACGUUUUAUUUUCCACCAAGGAGGCCUGGCUUCUACCCCAGGUUCCCUAACAUACCUUUCUUCCCUCCAAACAACCGUCGCUUCCAGCUCUGGCCUUUCUACCCACCACGAGGUAGACUGAUUCCUUGGAGAUUCUUCCUUGGAAGAAGGCAGCUCCAGAGCAGCUCAUCUGAGGAGAGCCUGGAGACAUGAGCGGCCCAAAUGUGCUAAAGGGAAAGAAUCAACACUACUGGAAAAUUGUUUGUCUCUCUCUCCAACCUAAAAUCACUGCCUUAGAAGAUUAAGUAUCCUCAGUGACAGUGACUAGAUUUUUUUUGAUUUUUGGUCAACAAUGAGGAGCUUGGAUUACACAUUUUUACUACAAAAUCUGGCGGUAACGGCAUCAGUCUUAUUCCACAGGAUAUUAGUCCAAACAUAGUCUUUCAAUCCCCCAUUCCAAAUUACAGUGAAGGACAUUUUAACGAGCCCAUUACGGGCCAAAUGCAGCCAUUAAUGGCACUCGUUGUGCUCAGUGGGAAUCUUAGUGAGCAGAUGGAUCGACAGAGAACUUUGAAAGAAACUAUAAAGAUGAGAGCAGGGGGCUGGAGGGAUGGCUCAGUGGUUAAGAGCUCCGACUGCUUUUCCAGAGGUCCUGAGUUCAAUUCCCAGCAACCACAUGGUGGCUCACAACCAUCUGUAAUGGGAUCCGAAACCUUCUUCUGGUGUGUCUGAAGACAGCUACAGUGUAGUCACUCUACAGUGUACUCACAUCCGUAAAAUAAAUAAAAAUCUUAAAAAAAAAAAAAAAAAAGAUGAAAGCAGAAAGCCUUCUAGAGAAACUGGCCCUAGGUAAUGCUCGACCUGUGCGUCGAAGCAUCCAACAUCCUAAUCUACGUUUGAUAUUACUAUUUGCUCAUAUUAAUUAAUUACUGUUCCUCUUGUAAUUUUCACAUAGACACACAGCUUUAAAAUUACCCGGACGUUAGUUGACUACAGCUCCACUAUCGGUGCCCUGUGCUCUCGGGCGAAGGAGAAACAAGGCCUUGUCUGUUUGACCUCUCUACAAAGCCCUGUCUCCUGCGUUUGCCACUCACUUGCUGUGACCUGGGAACCUGGGUUCUGUGCACGUGGCCAGUGACGUCUACUCAUUCUCAAGAAUCACGUGCAAAUGCUGCCUGCUGUUGUUGCUGAGACAAAGAAAGGAAGAGAAAUCAGAAUAACACAAAUGCAUGACAAUUCUGGGAAUGGACAGCCAGAAAAAGAAGACAGAUUGUCAUGACUGCCUGGUGUUCCCCCCCCCCUCCCCGUGUCAAACGAUAAAGGAAAAAAAUUAAGUCAUUGUAGCCGGUAGUAUAAGAACAAAUGCUUCCUUCAAAUUUAGAGGCUUAAAUGAAAGCCUAUUUGAAUCCUGAAAAUAUAUUUUGAAAUGAACGUUA